AUGGUAAUGUCCGCCGCAUCGACCGCCGCCAGAUCCAUUUUCCGGUCGCCAGCCGUCCGUAGCGCCGCCACGAGAUUCGCCACCGAGGCAAAAUCAGCUCGCUCCGCCCCCUUCCGCCUCCCAUCUAGAGCUCCUCUACUCGCGCACCGCGUCCUCAGGAACCCCGUCGAAUUGAGCGCGUGCCUGGAGUCGAUGCAGCCGUACCACACAGCUACGGCAUCCGCCUUGAUGACGUCGAUGCUCACAGUCUCUAGCUGCGGUUAUGGUUGGCUCCCGGAAGGUAUCUAA